CUGUUUGUUUACAUCAGUUCCUUCCUUUCCCGGUGGGAGCCUAUUAGUGGAUUACAGUGGGAAAGACGAAAAAGAGGAGAAAGGGGAAGAAAACACCUUGGAGUGGAAAGCGGUCCUACAAUGAGAAUUACGAGCACAUCUUGCAUCUGUCCAGUCCUCAUUUGUCUCUGUUUCGUGCAGAGGUGUUAUGGGACUGCACACCAUGGCUCCAUCAAGGUGACCAGAAACCAGACCAAACAGAUCGAGGGGGAAACAGAAGUGCACCAUCGCCCCAAACGUGGAUGGGUGUGGAACCAGUUCUUUGUUUUAGAAGAGCACAUGGGACCCGACCCACAGUAUGUUGGAAAGCUGCACUCCAAUUCCGACAAAGGUGAUGGAUCAGUCAAAUACAUCCUUACCGGAGAAGGGGCUGGGACUAUAUUUAUUAUUGACGACACUACGGGGGACAUCCAUUCGACCAAAAGCCUAGAUCGAGAGAAGAAGACGCACUAUGUGUUGCAUGCCCAGGCUAUUGACAGAAGGACAAACAAGCCGCUGGAGCCUGAAUCAGAGUUCAUUAUCAAAGUUCAAGACAUCAAUGACAACGCUCCAACGUUCACAGAUGGGCCAUACAUUGUUACAGUGCCAGAGAUGUCUGAUAUGGGUACCUCAGUCCUUCAGGUGACAGCUACAGAUGCAGAUGAUCCCACAUAUGGAAAUAGUGCCCGGGUAGUGUACAGUAUUCUUCAGGGACAGCCAUAUUUCUCUGUUGACCCUAAAACAGGAGUCAUCAGGACAGCCUUGCAUAACAUGGACAGGGAAGCCAGAGAACAUUACUCGGUUGUCAUUCAAGCCAAAGAUAUGGCUGGACAAGUCGGAGGGUUGUCAGGAUCGACCACCGUCAAUAUAACACUCACGGAUGUCAACGACAAUCCUCCCAGGUUCCCUCAGAAACAUUAUCAGUUGUAUGUUCCUGAGUCGGCACAAGUUGGCUCUGCAGUGGGCAAAAUCAAGGCCAACGACGCAGACACUGGGUCGAAUGCUGAUAUGAAAUACACAAUUAUAAAUGGGGACGGCUCUGGAGUCUUUUCCAUGUCGACGGACAAGGAAACGCGAGAAGGAAUUAUCUCCCUGAAGAAGCCACUCAACUAUGAAAAAAAGAAAUCCUAUACUCUUAAUAUAGAAGGAGCAAAUACCCACCUCGAUUUCCGCUUCUCACACUUAGGACCUUUUAAAGAUGUAACUAUGUUGAAGAUUAUUGUUGGCGACGUAGAUGAGCCUCCAAUAUUCACUUUACCUUCCUAUGUGAUGGAUGUUUAUGAGAAUGCCAAGAUUGGGACAAUUGUGGGCACCGUGACAGCACAAGAUCCAGACAGUGCGAACAACGCAAUAAGAUAUUUUAUUGAUCACCAUAUGGAGGAAGACAGAUAUUUCAUCAUUGAUGUCAACACUGGAACUGUUAAGACAGCCAAGGUUUUUGACAGGGAAGAAAUCUCUUGGUACAAUAUCACAGUCACCGCUUCUGAAAUUGACAGUCCUGGCCUGCUGAGCCACGUUCCUGUUGGAAUUAAAAUUCUUGAUGUCAAUGACAACCCUCCAGAGCUCGCCAGAGACUAUGAUGUGGUUGUCUGCGAGAAUGCAAAGGCAGGGCAGGUUAUUCAGACUAUCAGUGCCACUGACAGAGAUGAGUUUGCCAAUGGACAAAGGCUCCAUUUUUCUCUGGACAACAGUCUUUCUUUAAACCCCAACUUUACGCUGAAGGAUAAUGAAGAUAACACAGCCAGUAUCGUUACCAGACGGCGGCGAUUUAGCCGGACGAUCCAGGAUGUGUAUUACCUCCCUGUUGUGAUCGCCGAUGGGGGGAUCCCUUCUCUCAGCAGCAGUGCCACCCUAGUGAUCCGCGUGUGCGCAUGUGAAAGAGAUGGGCGUGUGCGGACCUGCAAUGCUGAAGCAUUCCUUUCCUCUGCGGGACUGAGUACAGGAGCCUUAAUUGCUAUCCUGCUAUGCGUUGUCAUUCUCCUGGCAAUAGUGGUCCUUUUUAUCACGCUCAGACGCAGCAAAAAGGAGCCUCUGAUCAUUUCGGAAGAGGAUGUCCGGGAAAAUGUUGUCACCUACGACGACGAGGGCGGCGGCGAGGAGGACACUGAAGCUUUUGACAUUACUGCUCUGCGGAACCCAUCAGCUGCUGAAGAACUGAAGUAUCGGCGGGAUGUUCGGCCUGAAGUGAAGCCCACAUCCAAGCACCCCACUUCAUCUAGCCUUGAGAGCAUAGAUGUUCAGGAAUUUAUUAAACAAAGACUGGCCGAAGCGGACCUAGACCCGAGCGUACCACCAUACGAUUCUCUACAGACAUAUGCGUAUGAGGGUCAAAGGUCAGAAGCUGGAUCUAUCAGCUCAUUGGAUUCAGCUACCACACAUUCUGACCAGGAUUAUAAUUACCUUGGUGACUGGGGACCAGAGUUUAAGAAGCUAGCAGAACUUUAUGGAGAAAUAGAAUCCGAAAGAACAACUUAA